AUGCACACCGUCGAAGUGCCCAAGGAUUGGGCAUUGCAAAAGGUCCAUUUAGCCAGCCAAUACGUCGAGGAUCAAUUUUGGGCCCAUGUUUCUCGAUCUGAAUGCAUUAUUCCACCCAUGGAGCUUGAUGUUCAAAUCACGUUGAGUUGUGCACAAUUAGCAUCAACUCUGGCCGAUGCAUAUACCAAUCCUAUUAAGCUGAACGUCAACAUGAAACGAUACAACAAUGCUUGUGGACAAUGGCCGACAGGCCGAAGUGACACACAGGAAGCACGGCUGCUGCAGAAAUUCCCGCCCAGUCGUGAAAUGGUUCUUGAAAAGCCUUGUGUUCUGUUGGAUGCAGGUCAUCACAUCAUCUUGUGGUAUGUGCCUGGGGCACUGUCGGACUGGGUGAAGGAGGAUAUCAGUGCAGCGAUGCAUUGUGCCAAUGAUCUCCUCAAGAAAAGUCUGUCCCCAGCGAAUGCCAAUUGCAUUUGGAGAACAGACAGGUCCUAUUUCUAUCCGACCGAAACACCUGGUGUCUCCCCAGGCUGCAUCAAUGUAUCUCCAUGCUGGUUUCAACAAGGUCACGAGCCUCAUGGUCAUGCUCAAGAAAAUGCUGAUGUGAGCUUUUGUCCAGAGAUAUCAGCUAGUCUCAAAGGCCCUCAAGGUAUAUCCAUUAUCAAAUCUAUGCGACGACCAUCUCUCCUCGCCUCGGCUGCAUUAAGGGUCAUGCACCCCAGCCUGUAUUGGGCCUCAUUGCGCACCACCCUUGAGAUUUGA